AGUGUGGAUGGACAUGGAGCCGAGUUGGAGUACCUUCUUAUUUCAGCAGGCCAAUGAUGCCCUGCACCACCAGCACCAGGUGAACCCGAGCAGCCUUCUGCCCCUGCUCAAUGCAACCACCGAGCUGCCAGACCAGAAGCCCAUCAUGCCCAUCCUACUAGACCAGAAGCCCCCGGUGAGCUCUGCUGAUCUCAAGGACAGCAUGAUCGGCAUGACUGGCAACGGAGCUGGAGUGGGGGGCGGAGGGGGCCACGGAGGUGGCGGAGGCGUCGGAGCACCGAUGCCCAUAAUAAAGAAAGAACCCAAAAGUAAAACCCCGUUCAUCUGUGGCUACUGCAACAAGGCCUUCCGCGACAGCUACCACCUCCGACGGCACGAGUCGUGCCACACCGGAGUCAAGAUGGUCUCGCGACCCAAGAAGACUGUACACACGACAGCACCCACCAUGGUGCCCCUGCUGUCCAGCAUGACGCGGGAGAACAACAACAACGUCAACCCCUCGUACAUCCUCACCACUGCCGCGACGUCCAUCUCGGGUGGCGUGGGUACCAUGGUGCAAACCCCGGCGGGCGCAGUGUGCCAACCGAGCGCGCCCAAGAAGCCGGCCAAGCCCGUGAAGAAGAACCACGGGUGCGAGAUGUGCGGCAAGGCCUUCCGCGACGUUUACCACCUGAACCGACAUAAGCUGUCGCACUCGGACGAGAAGCCGUUCGAGUGCCCGAUCUGCCAGCAACGCUUUAAGAGAAAGGACCGGAUGACCUACCACGUCCGCUCACACGAUGGUGGAGUUCACAAGCCCUACGUUUGCUCCGUCUGUGGGAAGGGCUUCUCCAGGCCUGAUCAUCUCAGCUGCCAUGUCAAGCAUGUGCAUUCCUCAGAGAGACCGUUCAAGUGCCAAGUCACGGCCUGCACUUCAGCCUUCGCCACCAAAGACAGACUGCGCUCACACAUGAUCCGACACGAGGGAAAGGUCACAUGCAACAUCUGUGGAAAGAUGCUCAGCGCUGCCUACAUCACCAGCCAUUUGAAGACUCACGGCCAGACCAACUUCAACAACAACAACUGCCACAAAGGGGACUGGCAGUGGAACACAUCAGGCAUGCACAAAGACAACACCGAGGUGUGCCAUUCAGCCUCGGCCACGCCCGUCUCCGCCCCCGCCACCACUCAGAUGAGCCGCGCCAACUCCAGCGCCGCGGUGACCAUCGGCGCCCAGAUGAACUUCGGCACCAACACGGUGAACAUCACGUCGGCGCCGGUGAGCCUGCAGCACCCGGUGACCAUCACCGGCCCGGUCAACAUCGCCUCGGUGAACAUCCCUGCUACGGCCUCGCACAUGAACCUGGCCCACCCGGUGACCAUCACCACGCCCAUGCCCAUGCCCAUGAACAUCGGCGCGCAGCUCAACAUCAUGCGCCCCAUGGAGAGCAUGUCCUUCCUCUCGCAGGUCCUGCCUUCCUCGCCUCCGUGGUAGAGCGUGCCGGAUCCCGACCUGAUUCGCGAAACCAGCUGACUCCGCCCCCUACCCUCUUCCCAAACCAAUGAGUGUUUACCUUUGCCGCGCGUCUGUACAGCCGCGCCGCAAAACCGCUGCAUCGAUGAUGGAGUUUUUACACUACAGAGGAUUUUUUUUGAAGGAUUUCUUACGUAGUUUUAACGUGUGAAUCGGACGAAUUUUAGCAACACUGAGCAUGCAGACCUCGCCAAGGUUUUUCAAAAGAACAAAUGCAAUAAGUGCUGUUUAUUUUUUUUGGGAGUUAUUUGUAGGGAAACCGCCUCAAUCCCUGCUUACGUAAUUGGAGCACCAGUGUGAGGAUACUGUGAGGAAGACUAUAGUACUGAUAAUAGUAGAGAUUGAGGUUUCUUUUCCUAUAUCUUGUCAUUUGUUUAGCUGUAGCCUGCUAAUCAGUAUUUAAUUGUUUUGUUUGUUUUUCUUUUUAGAAAAUGAGUUAAAAGGGAUGAACUUUCAUUUCAUUAAGGAUUGAUUGGCGAUUAGGAUUUGAGGUACAGUAACUGUACGCUUGCGUAUGCUGGGUUUAGUUUCGCCUAACCUACAAUUGUGAACCUUUUCUUUAGCCGCAGUUUGACGACGCUGCAGUUUAAGACUGUUAUUUUCUUUAUUUUAUUUCGGAUGGCUGGGGUGUGUUGUGUUUACUCGAUCUUCAACACUUAGGAAUCGUCUAAAAACAGGAACAUGACACAGAAGAUUGAUUCUUGCACUGAAAGCAAAUCCCUUUUAUGUAUAAAACAGUAUUAUUAAAGCGACCUGCUUUAAACAGGGCCGUUUAGUGGUUGAUAUGUUCAAGAAAUAAUUUUUUUUCUUAAAUAAUUUGGACUGUCUUCAUGUUGACAGAAAUUAGUAGGUAGUUUUUUGUACCCUUGUUUUCUUAUCUUCUUUCUUUUAGCUGCAAGGGCCCUGUUAGGAUGAACUUUCUGCUCAGGAAACCCAGAAAAUGACUCAUUAUUUUUGCUAAAAUAAUAUUCAGUAAAUAUUAAGAACUGGAUUCUGGAAGGUUUAUUUGUAUUUUUUCAGGCACUAGGGAUGUGACCCAAUACUGAGACCCGACUGAGAAUCUGUAUUAGCGCUGGAUCUUGACAGAUCGCAGUUGACGUGUUUUCUGAACCCAUACAUGGUCGUAUGUUGUGGAAUUUUGACUGAUGCAGCUCAGACAAACUCCGAUACUAUUAGUUGUUUCUAUGAGCUGUAUCAAAUCACAAAUGGAGGAUUGGACAUUCAGAACCGUGCUUCUUUUCUCCUGUCCAUUAUUGAUAAAAUGCUUCCAUCAUGGUCCUUAAUUUUCUCUUUUUUUAUCCAAAGGAACGUCCAGCUCAUUCAGGAAACAGGCCAAGCAACUAUGACUUAGGGGCAUUGCUAAGGAGCUCAACAUUAGCAGUUUGGUAGGUGCUAGGGUUGGUACCCUUAACAUUUUUGAUCAUCAGACCAGUACCUCAACCUGAGCCGACACAGAUCUAAUUUUAGCCUGUGCACCCAUUCCAUUUCCAGUUAUCAGACGUUUGUAUGAAAUGCGUUCUUUUAAGGAUCAGCAACAGCCAUGUAGUAGACUGUGUACCGUCAUGCUGGCUUUAAUAAUAUGACUAGCUUUUAAUCAUUUGUGAUGUUUGAACAUAGCAAACCACAUGUUAGGCCUAUAUUGUUCCAAAUAAAAUCAUGAUAUUAGCUAGUGAAGGGCAUGCACAUUCAUUUUGUAUUAGAAUACACGAACACACUGAGCUCAAUGCAGUAACAAACCUAAAGCAGGACACCAAUCCAUCGUGGGGCAUCGGCCACUCCCCUCAAUUAGAAAUAGCCAAUUGUGUCUGUGCGUAGACGCUGACCGGCUGAAAGCACCGUUUGGGAUUCAAACCCUGGAUCCCAGCUGUAAUGGGCUUGCGUAAUUUACCACUGCGCCCUCCGAGCACCUAAAGAAAUAAUAAUAAUAUUACAUGAACUCUUCUCUUGUUUGGAAACACAAAACAUGGAGAGUUGGACUAAAGAUUUGACAGAACAGCAGCAAUUAAUAACAAUUAAUAAGCUAGGUCGAAAAGAAGUACUUUUGCAUUUAAAACAUAUACAAAUAGAACGUUUGGGAUGUGAUUUAGCUAUGUUCCUUAGCUUUUUACACCGGGAAAUUGUUACACCUCCUCAGCAAUCUUUGACAACUUUGUUUUGAAGGUCAAAUCUGCUGGUGUCCUGACAUGGAAUUGACUUUUUAGUACACUUCAAAUAUUCCCAGUAAGGUUAAGGUCAGGACUUUGGGAAGGCCACACUAACAGCUUCAUUUUAUUCUGAUUUGGCCAGUUCAGAAGCAGUUUUGCGUCCUGUUGGAACACUUAAUUGUGUCCAAGAACCAAGACUGGUAAAAUAAUCUACUUUCUGCUGUUUAAAUUACCAAAUUACCAGCAGAACAACCCUACAGCUUAUUACCACCACCAGCAUGCUUUACAGCAGGUCCAGAUUGAUCACAAAAGUCCUUUGCAUGGCUUUUUGGUACGUUAUUGAAACAAAUCUAUGAUUCACUUUCUGAGAUCCAUGCAGACCUUCUACACUGGAAGAGAUGCACACUUGCAGACCAUCAACCCAGCAGUAACACCCAUAGUUUUUGUAAUUCGUGGUAGACUUGUUUGGUAUUUCCAGGAUUAAAUCCAACCAUCCAAGGUGACAGAUGGUUCAGACCACUGUCCUGUGUGUUUUUAAUUGAUACAGUCAAACUAGCUCCAUUUAUAUGGGAUUAGAGAAGCCACCAGCAGUUCUACAUAUAUCUGGUCAUAGAAAUCCUAAGAAUCCCAUAUAAAAAUCCUAAAUCUUUUGACAUGUAUCUUUAGAAGUGUAUGUAAAUAUUUGACCUGACUCGAGCUGAUAAAAUAAUGUAUUGUCUAAUGGUAAUAUGAGAUCAAAAAAGAAGAAACAGGUACCCAGGUGGCGCAGCGGGAUAUUCCACUAGCAUACCAACGCCGAGAUUCUGAACUACUCGGUUCGAAACUCGGUGUUGCCACCGGUCGGCUGGGCGCCAUCUGCAGGGUGGGGGUCGGACUUUGUGUAGGGUGGGAUCUUCAUACGCUGUGUAAGGACCCUGAUUGGCUGAAGAGGCUCCUGUGCAGAAUGCACGGGCGAGAAGAGGAGGGCCGUGCACGUGUCGGAAGAGGCGUGUACAGCGACGUGCUCUCCUCGGAUGCAAUCGGGUAUCCCUCAGCAGCGGAAGACAAAUUGAGUGCUCUAAAUCGGGAGGAAAAUGGAGAGAAACAGCAAAGAAGUGUUAGUGAGAGCGUGUUUACAAAUCUGAUUGGAACACUGAGCAGGUCAAAAGGUCUUAAUCUAGACGUAACAAAACACACCUGUGGCAUUUGGACAUUUCUGAUUGGUUAAAGUUCUCCAGGUUUGAAUGUUUGAUGGAACUCAUUUGACAUCGUGCAUCAGCUUUUAAUUGAUACUUGAGGAGUAAUGAAAUUAAAGGAAAACGCGCAUCACGGCUUUCAACUCUCAUCUAAAACUUGAACACAUUAAUCUAACAAAUAAGAAAUUCGAUCUUUAGUGUAAGGUACAAUUACAAUUCAGGAUUUUCACUACUUAACCAGGAGUCUUAAAGGGUGCGUGCGCUCUUAGAUUAGGAACGUGGUCAAUGCAUAUACACAACCUUAAGGAUCCAAAAUCAAUUUAACUUCUCGUGGCCUUUUAAAAUGUGUCUGGAUGCAGUUCAUAACAAUGCAGGCUCAUGCUGUGUGUGUGUUUAUUUCCAGUUUGUCAUAGAACAGCAGUUAAACAAAAAUCUUGCAGAGCUAGAACUAGUUUUUGUAAUAAAAUAAAAAGACGUCGGGUACUGAUUGCAGGAAUGCACGUUAGGGUUUUGUGUUUACAUACUUGCGUUGAGCAUGUUCCUGGCCUUAUCCACUACAAGGGUUCAGAUCCCUGUCAAUGUGAGUCUAGGUACACUGUGUUAACCACUGUCGGUGCACAGCUUUGUUUUGGGUUGUUUUUUUUUCCCCCCUCUUUUGUGUUUUAAUAAUUGUGCAUCAGACUGGUGUGUGUAAGUGAUGUGGAGAAAACACUAAUUACAAGAUUUUUUGGUACACAGCGAUGAAUUUGGUCUGUAGUUCUAGGUCUGUGAUAUGUAGGAUUGAAGUUGGUACACCUGGAUCACUUUUGGUCCAUUGUCACGGGGAUACACCUCUGACGGGGCACCAAUACAUCCACCUGUGCACUAACCCGAACCUAAGAGCCAGUUAGAACAGCCAAAUUUCCAUCUUACCUCCUUCUUGUCUUGAGAUUGUGGGAAGAAAACCAAAAUGCCUGGACGAAGCACAUACACGACUCCUUACUGUCAGUGACCUGAGGGUUGAACCCAGGUACUCGGUACUUAUUAUGUUCUGUGGCACCCAAUAAACCAGCUGUGCCACCAUGUUACCUGUUUAUACACUAUCAGGAUGUUUGACAUGCAUUUUAUUUUCGGACGCCUCUUGUCUUGUGGUUGAGCUGCUCAUUUUGAGAAUUUGAUAGGUGUUUAGAAACAGGACUGCCACGACGACUGGAUUAAAACAUGAUCAAAUUUAAUAUUAGCAAAUGUUUACGUUCGUCCAGAUGUUUGCAUCUAUUUUUCACAUAGAAAAAGAGAAAAUACGAGUGCAUGUGAAGGUUUUUCUUCCUCCUUUUCACUUUGUUUUCCACAUUUAGUUUGAGUGUUUUGAAAAGUAGCUUUUAUGCAUUUUAUUUUUUUAAAGCAAACAAAUGAAUCGACUUUUAUUUGCCAGACUGACACCAAUAGAUGAACUGAAGUGGUGUGAAUGAAUUGAGCCUGAUGUUAUUAUUUUAAUGAACAUAGUGAGUUGAAAGAUUUGGGUAAACCCUGUGAAGGCAGAUGAAUGUAUAUGUUUGUACAGAUGCGGUGUAGCUCUGAGGACGUGGUAGGAACCGUACGGAUAGACACACGGACGAAGCAAGAUAACCUUUUAUAAGAACUUUUUUGUAUUAGAACAUUAACAAUGGUAAUUUUGUAUAUAUAUGAAGAUUAGGCUUUCUGAGUAGCAGAAAGGAAAACAUUCCUACAUUUUUUUUAAAUGUACGUUUGUCAGAAACAAUUAUGUAAACAUGCGCAACGUUUAAUGUGCCUUUUAUUUGGGUUGUCUAAAUAAAAGAAAACUAUAAAACA